AUGAACGUGGGCGCUUCUUCGUCAUCCAGUUCAUCGGAAGAAGUGUUCAAAAUCAGGGUCCCAAAAUCACGACCGCAAAAUCGCCUACUGAAAGAAGGCUUCGUGGAUGACAACAACGAGGAUCUGUCUUACUUUAAUUUCCCCAUCUUGUGGCCUGCGGCAGCCUCCGCUCUGUUCUGCACAGCUCUGUUUAUUAUUGCUGUAGCUGGCUCCCUAUACACGGACUAUGUGCCGACUGAAAAAGAACUGAAACGAACAUUCUUCGCCGCCUAUGGCUCUUCCUCUUUCAGGUGCAACACAACAUUACGCCUCCCUAAAAACGGGAUUCCUUCCAUACUGAAUUUAUUUGAAAUCAAUGUCAUUGGCAAUGUGUUAUUUCGGCUUUGCGUAUGCAUCCCCAUGGUGGUGCGGUUAUUCAUUACUUACUGUCGCAACUAUGUACUCCGUGGUGAGUACGACGAGCUUCCGUUCUUCUUCCGCGUGUGUGUUAAACUCGUCCCACUACUGACUGCGAUAGAGGCCGUUACAUUAGCACUUUUCAGCAUUAUCACCGUCCACAGUGAUUUCCCUGAAGUGAAUAGAUUCUGCAAAAUUGUUUUCGUAAUGGCCGCGUGUGUGAACAUGGUGUUGACGUCAGCAAUUCAGUACUCGUUUAGCAAGAGCUCAAAUGAGAGAGUUGAUCAUCUCUCGGCAGGAGUAAAGAUUGCAGCUGCGUGUACGUUCUGCUACUUGUCUCCGCAAUAUUUUCAGCAUCACCACUCCGCUAUUUCCUUCCCCAUCUGUUUCUCAUAUAUGCCUCGAAUUUACGCAGCCAUGGAGUACGCGAUGAUCGUCGCCUACGGUGCUUUCCAAAUGUCCUCACUUAUCGACAUCCGACAUAUAUCGUUCAUUUGUUACCCGAGAACUUGUUCCGGUGAAUGUGAACCUCUUGACCCGGUUAACUUUGUCAAGGGUUCCAAAUUCGAGUACUGCCGUGCAUUCGAGUACCAACAGCGGAGGGUCCGCAAUAUUUAA